AUGAAGCUCCCCCUGUCCACCAGGCCGGCCGCGCCGCGCCUCUCGCUGGCCGAGAUGGCGGAGCGCCUGUCCCGCAACAACCCGCUGACGUCGCUGCGGGACGCGCGCGUGCGCGACGUGCCCGACGCCGCGCUGCUCAAGGAGUACGACUUCGUGGUGGUGGGCGGCGGCACGGCGGGCUGCGUGCUGGCCAACCGGCUGUCCGAGAACCCCUCCUGGAGCGUGCUGCUGCUGGAGGCGGGCGGCGACGAGGCCAUCUUCACGGACAUCCCGCUGCUCGCCAGCUACGUGGCCAACACCAACUACAACUGGGGCUACCACGCGCAGCCCUCGCCGGACUACUGCCGCGCCAUGAAGGGCCAGGCCUGCAACUGGCCGCGAGGCAAGGUGCUGGGCGGCACCAGCGUGCUCAACUUCAUGGUGUACGGCCGCGGCAGCCCCCACGACUUUGACGAGUGGGAGUCCCUGGGGAACCCCGGCUGGGGCUACCGCGACGUGCUGCCGUACUUCAAGCGGUCCGAGGACGUGCAGGUGGACUCGCUGCGGGACUCGCCGUACCACGGCCAUGGCGGUCCGCUCACCGUCACGGAGUCGCCGUGGCAGUCGCCCAUGGCGCCCGCAUUCCUCGAGGCCGCGUCCGAGAUGGGCUACCCGGUGCUGGACCACAAUGGCCCGCACAUGACCGGCUUCUCCUUCACGCUGGCCACGCUGCGCAACGGCAGCCGCUGCAGCGCCGCCAAGGCGUUCCUCCGACCCGUGCAGCACCGCCCCAACCUGCACGUCGUGAAGAGGGCCCGCGUGACGCGCGUGCUGGUGGACCGCGCCACUGCCAACACCGUGGGCGUCGAGUUCGUGCGCAACCACCAGUGGCGGGUGGCCAAGGCGCGCCAGGAGGUGGUGCUGUCGGCGGGCACGCUCAACUCGCCCCAGAUCCUCAUGCUGUCCGGCCUCGGCCCCGCCGACCACCUGCGCGCCCUCGGCAUCCCCGUGGUGCGCGACCUGCCGGGCGUCGGGGAGAACCUGCAGGACCACGUGUCGUGCUUCGGCUGCGUCACGUUCCUGCUCAACGACACCGUGUCCGUGGUCGAGUCCCGCGAGUCGCGGCGCCUCGGCAGCGUGGUCAACUACUGGGUGACGCAGGACGGCCCGCUCACGUCGCCCGGCGGCGCGGAGGGCAUCGCCUUCGUCAACACGCCGCGCAACCGGGAGCCGGACCGGCCCGACAUGGAGCUGUCCUUCGGGCCGGGCGCGCUCUCGGGCGACUCGUCGGGCAGCCUGCGGGGGCUGCUGGGCAUCGACGCGGCCUUCUUCAAGAAGAUGUUCGGCGAGGUGGAGGGCCGCGACGCGUUCACGGUCAACCCCGUCCUCUUGCGGCCCAAGAGCCGCGGGCGCGUGCGUCUGCGCUCCGCCAACCCGUUCCACUGGCCGCUGCUGUUCGCCAACUACUACGCCGACGAGGAGGACCUGCGCGUUAUGGUGGAGGGCCUCAAGAUGGGCGUGGCCCUGGGCGAGACGAAGGGCUACGCGCGGUGGGGCGCGCGCCUCCACUCGCGGCCCGCGCCGGGCUGCGAGCAGCACGCCUUCCGCUCGGACGAGUACUGGGCCUGCGCCGCGCGGACCAUCUCCACCAACCUGCACCACCAGUCGGGGACGUGCCGCAUGGGCCCCGCCAGCGACCCGGGCGCCGUGGUGGACCCGCAGCUGAGGGUGCACGGCGUGAGGGGGCUGCGCGUCGUGGACGCCUCCAUCAUGCCCACCAUCAUCUCCGGCCACCCGACCGGCGCCGUGUACAUGAUCGCCGAGAAGGCGGCCGACAUGAUCAAGCGCGCCUGGGCCACGGACGGCCAGCUCGUCCGCCGCUGGGCGGCCAAUCGAUAGUCAGAAAGUGAAAUUAGAAAUUUAGUGCCAAAUGUGGACGUGUGGUGAUGCUAGGAAUAAUUUAUAGUACAAGUAUGUUUUAAGGGUGUAAAUAAUGUAUUAUACUAGAUCUCAAUAAAUUUUUUAACUUUAUUAUUAUA